AUGUCCGCGGUUGAUGUAUCGGUCUUGUUGCCCUCCAAAGGAGAAUGCAAUUAUGCUCUGCAGAGCAGUGACAGUGAAAAUGAAGAAUAUGAAACAUCCAAUUCUGUAGCACUUGGUAUAAUGCGGUCAUUAUCUGAAAACAUAUCUUUUGAACAUUCACGGAUUUUGAAAUUGCUUGACGUAGACUUCUCGCCUGAAAGCAGUAUUUCGCUGGGAGUAGCUAUCUCAAAGCAAUUAUUUGCAAUACUUUUUGGUUUCGGUAUUUUUAUGUCAUGUGUGCUCAUAGUCACUUGUGUUGUCAACCUCGUAAGAACCAACACCAUUUCUGCUAAGUACAGUGGUGGAAAAUGGGGAAUUAUAUUGCCAUUUGUACUGUUAUCUAUCUCGUGCGUAGGAAUGAUCUGUGUGACUAUUAAAAUGUCGAAAAAUGCGUAUCUCGCUCAACUCGGUGCCGACAGUCUGUCUAAAAAGCUUGGAGAUUUUGGUACAAGUGGCUCCCUUAAAAUCAAUGCAAGUAACGCAAUAUGUCUGCUGAAGUCAACUGCUAUUGACCUUGGAGUGCAGCAAGCGAAAGAGGAAUCUUUGAGCGUUUGUUUGAAAACAUUAACUGAAAGUACAAACAUCAACACUGGAAAGGUUUCAAAAGCACUGAGAGAUUCAAUAGCAGUUGCCCUUAAUGUGAAAAAAGUAGCUAAAGGCUUCAAUGUGAAAGAUGCAGCACUUUGGAUGGAGAAGGUGGCUAACGAUUUUUUGGAAAAGAUUCAUACACCAAAUAGCGACUUGGCUGGAAAAACAGUUGCUUUUGAAUCUGAGAUCAGAAACAUAAAGAAGAUGUUCAAUGCUUUGGAGAGCAAAAUGAUAGAAGUCUUCAAUAGCUUUGUGCGAUUAUGUGAAGAGGUAAUUGAGAAACUUAUCAGAAACACAAAGGAGGUAGAUGAAAACAUGAAAAGCCUUUUGACCAUAAAGGAAAUCGCUUUUGCAUCAAAUUACUUCCUGUUCGUCAUAUGGUUCCCAUCCGCAAUAGCAGUAAUGUGCUUAUUUGCCGAUGUUUCAUUGAUAAUAGGAGUGAUCAAUGUAAGAAGAGAAGAUUACAAUGACAAGAAACCUUACCGAGGAAGAGUGUCGCAGCUAGCAGCAAGCAUGAACAGCACCUUUGCUUAUCUUACGUUUGCCUUCGGAGCCAUUUUAUCUACAAUGUUCUCAUUUGGCCUAUUGUUUGGUUUCCGUGUUGCUGUUUUAUCAAGCUUACUAUUGGGAGACUCGCAAGAAUACAACAGAAUCUCUUUUGCUGUUACUUCGAUAUACAAGAAUGACCCAAUCUAUGUCAAUGUAAAGGAGGUACUUGCGGAAUGCAAAAGUGGAGAAAAUGUCUUCCAAGUAACCAAGCUUAAUCAACUGCUACCAUCAGGAACUCUAAUAAAGAUUUUGAACGGAUCAGUUGAUAGGGACAGUUAUAACGCCAUCUUCUCAACAGGCUUGGAAUCUUUAAGAAAUUUUUAUGUUCAGCUAUCUGAAAAGGCAGACAUCACCAGGGCGUCUCUGACAAAACGCGACUUGCGAAAAUACGACAAUUUCAAGAAAGAGGUAAACGAUGUUAUGAAAAAAUACGAAAAUGCCUUGAAACAGCUGGCUACUGCUGCAAAAUCUGUUGAAGUUAAGGUAGCAGCACUGAAGGCUAAACAAAAGAGCAACGUAGAAUCGAUCACGACGAACCUUGAUAAUUUCAUCAAAGCGAUGGUAGCACUUCAUGUCAACAUCAUGGCGGAAGUAAGCAAAAGAGCGGGUAAAUGCGCUAUUGACGAUAACUACCGACGGAAAGUUCACAAAUACUGGGAGGCUUACAUCUCAGAUCCUGUUCAAGGGCAAUGGUUACAUUGCUUUAUUGCUGUCAUAUUUUCGAUCAUUGCCGCUAUUGGUUUGCUGUCAUCAGUACAAUAUCUGAAAAACUACGAAACCGACGACUAUGAAGAGUUUACACCACUGGACAAAACUGCAAGCACCAUAAGGCAUGCAUCCGGCUACAACGAGGAAGUGAGUGUGGAACCAUCGAAGAUGGCUCCAGACACUAGUAUGGAAAAGACGGUACCAGCUGCAGCAAGAUGA